CAGGCGGUGCUCAGCUGUCAGUGUGUCUGCGGCGCUGCUCUGUCCGCGUCUCUCGGUCUGUCUCACCCCUCUUUCAGCAUUUUUAUUGCCUCUGAAAUUUUGCUUGGCCCCCCACUAGACUCCGGGCUGCGAGCACUCGGACUGCGUUCCAAGUAUCAGAGCGCCCUCCUGCCCAGAGUAGACAGGACGUAGCCGCAGAACAUCAGAAGGACAGAUUGUGAGGCAGGCUGUCUGGAACCGGAGGUCAGCGUGGUCAGAACCCUAGGCAGCACGGAUAUUCGAAGCCGGAGACAGAAGGCCUCCCCAGCAGCACCAAGCGCCUCCCUGUAACACAUCGCAGUAGUCGACUUCCUGAGGAAGUUGAAAGAAGAGGAGGAAAAGCAGAAGGAUGUCUCUCAAGGUCCAGGCCAGCAACAUCACGAACAAGAACGACCCCAAGUCCAUCAACUCGCGGGUCUUCAUCGGGAACCUGAACACGGCCGUGGUCAAGAAGUCAGACGUGGAGACCAUCUUCUCCAAGUACGGCCGCGUGCUGGGCUGCUCCGUGCACAAGGGCUACGCCUUCGUCCAGUACGCCAGCGAGCGGCACGCGCGCGGCGCCGUGCUGGGGGAGAACGGCCGCGUGCUGGCCGGGCAGACUCUGGACAUCAACAUGGCCGGGGAGCCCAAGCCCAACAGGCCGAAGGGCCUGAAGAGAUCGGCCGCAGCUCUGUACAGUGGGUACGACUUCGACUACGAUUACUACAGAGAUGACUUCUACGACAGGCUGUUCGAGUACCGAGGCCGCGUGUCCCCGGUGCCCCGUGUGGUGCCCGUGAAGCGUCCCCGCGUCGCCGUGCCCCUGGUGCGCAGGGUGAAGUCUCUGCCCGUCAAGCUGCUCGCCCGCUCCGCCGCCAUCGCCAACAGCUCUGCCAAGCAGAAGUUGAAAUCCAAUGAACUCCAGGCGAUCAAGUCCGAGCUCACCCAGAUCAAGUCCAACAUCGACGCCUUGCUGGGCAGGCUGGAGCAGAUCACCGAGGACAAGCACAGCGCCACAGAGAUGCGGAAGGCGGAGGAGAGCAAGAGCGAGGUCUCGCAGGACGACUCGGCGUCGGAGGCGGAGGAGCUGACGGAGGAGCCGCUGAACGGAGACGGGGAGGAGGGCGACGAGGUCACGCAGGACGAGUGCGAGGAUGACAUGAAAUGUGUGUACCGUUCCAUGAGCAGGGCUGGAGACCGCAGCCCCGCAGCCCCAGCCACCCCAGGCAGCGACAGCCCUGCCUCUGAAGGAGGCUCAAGAUGGCCGCGGCGCUCACUGCAGCCCUCAGGAGAGCAAUCACCUAUCAGAAAUGGAGUCAAUCCUACAAUAAAAGUCAGCAGGGAGCUGGGAAAGAAUGUCAACCGGAAACGAACUGUUUUAGUACCACAGGCAUCGCAGCAACAGACAACCAAGGGGGGCCGUCAAAACUUUAUCUACAGCCUCCUCCACGACCGACGCACCAGCCUUCCAAAGAGUGGGAGGCCAGCCUGGCAAACCGUUCUACUGCCAGACCCAGCGAGCAACGCGACUUCCCGGGAGCGCUGGGGAAAAACAGCGGCAAGUUUUCAAAAAAAAAAAGUAAUAAACUCAUGGGGUUCAAAAGAUACUUCAAAAAGAACAUUUGAAACUUUGGAUUAGCGUUCUCAAAGAAAAAGGACUGAAGUUUUAUGAGUGCUACUGAACCUUAGCAAUGUGAAGACCCUCACUUCACUCCUCCCUCGUGUUUUUUCAUGAUCUUUGUUUUAUUUAUAUAUGCUGAUCUUAAAUAGAUGAAAAAAAGUAUGUUAUUUUUAAUUACUUGUGCAUAUUUCUCUGCUUGCACUUUCAAGACUGCAAGAGAUCUUUACAGAUGUAAAUAAAUAAAAAACAGUGAUGGCGUGGCCUGUCUGUGCAGCCGAGCUGCAGGCAUGCUGGGAGCUGUCACGGACCUGUUCCUCGGGCAGAGGAGACACCACCGCGCGGCCCACUUUCAGCUUCCUGCUCACACAGCUGUGCAGCUUGCGAGCCGGCUGUUAUUUCUCGAAGAAAUUAGACGCCUUCAACAGCUUACUUGACCUCUGCAUUUUUGGUUUUCUCUCACCUUGCCUCUGGGAGAACAACAGGUUAUUUUAUCACGUUAGCGCCACUGUUUCAGGCAGUUUUUCCAGAAAGCAGUUUGACGCCAGGUUGGUUUGUUGAGAAUGCACACAUAUUCUAACACAUUACACAUGGUAACUGGGCAAAGGGAGAAGCUUUGCAAACCUUACAGCACCAGCUGGUAAAGUCCGUUCACUUCACUACUAACACAUGCACAUGGAGGAUCUCCUCUGUGAACAUCCUAGGACAGAUGCUUCAAGAACAUAGCUGAGCAGCUGGAUCCAAAGAGUCAGCUAUACAGAACGGUUUUUUAUGUACUGUGGUGGACGCAUUCUGGCAUGUAUUUCUAUCGUGCCUGCCCAGUGCUUUUACAUGGCUGAAACAUGAUUUACUAAGCAAAAAAUUGGAAGAAUGAUUUUAGAAAAGGUAUAAACAUGCUGGGCCUUAUCUUAGUUUGAUCGUUCAUGUCAAACCUCAAUGAGCUCAAGUGACUGUUGCAUAAGUACUCAACCACCUCAUGAACGAGCAAGUUCACCGAUCACAUGCGGCGGGGUGAUUUAACCUACUGAAUGUCAAGUUUGAUUUAAAAAAAAGUCAACCUUAACUAGUCAUGCACUAGGCAGCAGGUGCAUGGCUGAGUUGUGGAAAACAUCAAAGGCGCUCGCAGAGGAGCAGUGUAAGGUCUUGGCCGCAUAGCAUACCCUCCUCUCCUCAGGGGCCCAGCAUCCCUCAGAAACAGAAAAUGCUCGUGCAGAAAUCGCACAGAACAGCUGGAAACAAAAAGCACUCAGCGCCUACCUCGUGUGACAGACUAGCAGGGGUCUGUGUCCGCAGGGUACCUAUGGAAUUUCACCAGCACAGGUUCAAUUCCUUGAUGCAUUUGUAGUACAAACAGUAAAUCGAGGAACGAUAAUGCAGAUGUACUGACUGGCCCUAGUCGUGAAACGCAGCCAGUUUUUAAAUAGUGCACUUUCUGCAAAUCCUAUAUUUGCCUCCUAGGUCUCCAGCUGGGUUAGCCGCCUUCCUUGAUGAACUAGGAGCAAGUUGUACACAACUUUAAGAGAAAGUAGGCAAUUCCAAUGUCUUUGGUGUUCACUGCUAUAGGCCGAAUUGUCUUCAUGCAAGUAUACAAACUGCAAGCAGCUAAACUGGGCUCAUAAGUAUUAAGCAAAGAAGAGAACCAGAUCAGAAUCCCAGGUGGUACAUUACUAAUACAAGCGUGAUGUAAACAGAGACCAACACAUAAAUAAAGUUAGAAUACACUGGCUAUAUGUUCCUAUACAGGUUAAAUCACAUUCAGCACAGGCCUCCUCUGCUUUCCACAAUUUCUGUGUUCGUAGACAACAGCAUGUUUAUCUCCACUUAAUAAGAACUCAACUGAUUAAUCUGCUUGGCAUUUUUGAUUGAAAAAUGAAAAUGAGUAACUGUGUUAAAAUGUAAAUCACAUUUAAAAAAACUAAAAUUUACAGUGGCCAGAUCAUCAAAAUAAGCAGAAAAUGUACAGUAUGACUGCUAUGCUUUGUCUUCAUUAGAUUGGCACAGAUUAAAAAAAAAACAUUCACACCAGGUUCUAGUUCCAGCGCACACGGGUCCAUUAAAUUGGCUUUGAUCAUUUUUCUUAAAUACAAGCUGGAAUACGCCCCCUGACUCUGCUCAUUAAAUCUUUUCAGAACACAGAAAAAGCAAAAGUGAACUUUUAAAGCUUUUGGAAACCUUAAAAAAAUCUUUUAAGGGGCUCUAAAGGAAACUGACUCAAUCUUGACACUGUAAAAAACACCCAUCCAAUAUAAUAUUUAGAGAUGCAGUCUGUGCACAGCAGUGCCUGUAGGGGGCGAAGGUAAGCUCAGGGCACGAGGCCCAGGGCGGAGCUCCACUCUUUCACAGCCAGGGCUGUGGCACUCAGUGCCUUUGAGGGGGUACAACUGCAUGUAUUAAGACCCAGACGCAAAAUCACUUCAACUGGGUGUUGUCUUUCACAGGUCUUUUCAGUUUCUGGAGGGUUUGCCGUCUUCCAGCUUUUUAUUCUUUGACUGGUUAAUAAUGUAACACUUUUAGCCAGGCUGGGAAGUAAUUUACAGUUAACCAUGCCCUUAAUGAAGGGACUGGUUUCAGCCAUCAGCUGUAAAGCAGCUUAAAAAGACCUAAGUGUGGAAAUAAUUAGGUAAUUGGUUGCUCAAGUUGGAACAAACACCAGAAACACUCCAGAAUUAAGCGCGAGACCCCUAACCUUAUCUGUUAAGAUUAUCUCCAACUCAUCACUGGAGGUGCAGUUUAUCAGUCAGGGGUGGGAUUUGUGAGAAAAGGGGCGACUGAUAAUUUCCCCAGUAGAAUAACUGGUAACACAAACCCCCUGACAGAAACAAGCUUAAAUGCAGGGGAACACAAAGAACUAAAGUCAUCCUACGAACCAGAAACAAUAUGGCCGAGACUGAUGCACCACCUCCACUGGCUUUCUAAAACUAACAAGACACUCCUGCUACUCACGAACACCAUCUGGAAAGGGGCUCUUGGAGACAGUGCAGCAGGGCUGUGUGCUUUAUUUCAGUAAUAAAAACUGAAAAGGACAUAAAAUGUCACCACUUUACCAUAAAAGAAACAGUGUGCCGUUACACAAGUGAGCACGCAGCACAGUCCACUAGGCUAAAUGGAACCAGAAUUCCAGUCAUCCCACCAGGAAUCACUACCAAGAGUGAUCAGUGACAUUCAACAGGAGCUCCUGCCUCUUAAUGUUCUGCCAAAACUUUUCUGUGGGUCUGGAGACUACAGAGCUGAAAAAGCUUGUGCAUCCUGUUUGCCUGAAAAAUCAGUUAAUUGAGAAGAAUAAUAUGCUAAACUAAGGAAAAGGUUUCUGCAGAAAAACAGAUCAUAAUUCUCCCAGUUUAAAUAGCUCACUGCAAGAGGCAGGACCCAGGGGGCCUGCUUUCUCUAGAUCUGCACACCGUAUUUCAACAAAACCAUUACACCCCAAACUUUUAAGACAGAAAGGGAAUGACUCGGAGAUUAACCUAGCCCUCCAACAAUACUGGAGUGGAACCCAAAAUGAUUUUUUUCUUUUAACUGCUGUACAGAACCAAUUUCCCAGCUGGGAUAAAGGAAUUUUUAGUUGCUGCAAUUCCAAACACAGGGCAAGAGAACAGACUAGCAUUCUGAAGAGCUGUAAGAUAAAAAGGGGCUGGAGGACUAGAAAUCAUACAAUCCAGGUGCUGUCUUCACCCCUCCACCCAGGACCGAUUCCUAAAGGAAGCCCUGAGUCAAUUAGACAUUAGAUUUGAAACACAGUCCAGCCUGUGCUUUUCCUGCUAAAGCCCACAUUUACAACACUGUCUUCCAAGGUCUAGCCUGCCCGCCCCACAAACUCCAGAUCAGACGUCUUCUGGCGUUUUGACCAUGAAGACUGAGCUAUGCUGAAGUGCCCUCUGUGAGGGGAGAAAUGAUGGAGACCGCCAGCAUACCAAACACCACGUGUUCAGCUCUGGACACGUAACAUCAAAUUGGAUUUUGCGUUUUUUUCCCUGUGCUGAAAGAGCAAGCUUUAAAACUCCUGCACAACUCUGAAAUAAAACAUGCGAGAGGUAAAUUUACGAUGGCCAUCUGGAAUUGGUUUCUGAAUAAAGCUGUUCUGGACCAGCAGAGAGGUGCCAAGUGCAAAAGCUCACGAAACGGUCCGACAGAGGUAAGAGCUUAAAUGCUCCCGUGCUGCCAGUAAGAAUGUGGAGAUGAUACCGGAAUUUUACAGCUUGGCCGACAAAUGUUACCCCACUCAAAAACUGCAAAGUAUGUGCUGGGAGAAGAGACAACCCCUCCCCACCAACAGAUUGAAACAUGAUGGCUUUCUUCUUUUACCACAAAAAUGUCUCCAGGUCAGAAGGUCAGAACUGUGCUGUAGAUUUGAAGUUUCACACAGGUAGUGAGCAGGCAGCCAGCAGCAUCAGCUUUGUCUGGGGCAGGGUUUUGUUUAAAACCGUGACAUUAAUGAGAAUUUAGGCCAUGCCGUUUGGGCAGCGAGCAGCUCUUAAAAUAAGAACACCAACACAUUCCAACUAUUACACCUCUCCGAACAGCCAGUCUCCUCCCUGCUCAUCCAGCCAGAAGCAGUGAAAACACAAAUAAAUGCAGAUAAGCUUUACAGUCGGGGAAAAGCCAAAGAGAAUUUUCUUUAUUUUCACAGGGCUAAUUUGGGAAUACGCCAGGUACACACUCACUAAAUUUUUCCAAGAGGUGCUAAAGCUGUUGCUCAGUGUGCUGCUGUUCCAGGAAAUAAGCCCUGUCCUAGCAACUCCAGACCCUGGCACAUCCACAUGUUUAUUCCUUUAUGUUGGAGUGGUGGUGAGAGCCCAGUCUUAUCUGGCAGUGUAGUUUGGGAAUCAUGUCACGUCAAGGGCCAUGAAAAUAAUUUGGCUAAAGACUGUGUUCAGGGUUUUUUUUGUGAGAAUGCAUGUUAGUUUCUCAAACACUAACCACCAAACUCUCAGCCACAAGACACUGUUGCCCAGAUUCAAAACAUUUAGUCAAACUGAGAACUAAGUCCGUUCCAACACUCCCCACCAAUGACUAAAAAUAAGUAGAUAUUUCUUUUUAAGCAUGUUUACACCUGAAUGACACUGACUUAUGUUUACCAUAGCAGGAUUGCAUUUCUCCUGACCAAGCCAAAUUUUUAUGGCCAUGAGCUCACAUCUAAAAUGCACAUCAUUCUUAAGCAGCAAAUGAAGCAGUGCUGUAUUAUGAUGUCGAUGAGCUCUCAUCGUCCACCAGGAGCUCCCAGCACCGCAGAGAGGAACAUUGGAAAGCUGAAAUGAGCUGGACACUCCAGGGGUCAAAGCAGUAUCGAGCAGACCGCAUGAAAUGCAUCCGACGACAACGUGCAAAAGCAACCUCUCCAAUUAACCCAGGAGACAAAAAUUCCCAUUGCCGUUAAACUGUAAAUUCACAUUGAUUUAAUAAAGUACUGAAGUAACGAGAUUUAAUAAUGUGAUUAUUUAAAGAAUAAAAAAAAAAAA